AAAAAGGGGGCGUUAAUCAGUAAAAUGAUAUCUUGUAAUAUUCGAUUUGAGUAUUAAUUCUACAACUAUAUAUAUUCCCCCAUUUUGAAGCAAAUUCAAACAAGAACAAAUUCCUCCAUUUCUUUUUAAGCGAAGGGGCUGCUGAAAAUCGAUAAUGGCGGCCAAAUUGCUGUCAUGGGCAUGCAUAAGGAACGAGAACGGAGGUUUAUCUCCAAGGCCACACUACCCAUCAAUGCCAAAAUAUCCAAAGGGCGUAAAUGUUUCAUUUGAUGAAGAAUCCAAGGCCUUGUUCUCAGUAAUUGGAAUGACUUGCACUGCAUGUGCUGGCUCCGUCGAAAAGGCGGUGAAGAGGCUUCCUGGAAUCAAAGAGGCUGUUGUUGAUGUGUUGAAUAACAGAGCCCAAGUCAUCUUUUACCCUGCUUUUGUCAAUGAGGAAACAAUCCGUGAGACAAUUGAGGAUGUAGGAUUUCGAGUCACGAUGAUCAAAGAAGACACCAAUGACAAAUCUACUCAAGUAUGCCGGAUUCACAUAAAGGAAAUGAGUUGCACUUCUUGUUCCACAACUUUGGAAUCUGCUUUACAAGCAAUGCAUGGUGUAUUAAAAGCACAAGUUGUAUUAGCAACUGAAGAGGCUGAAGUUCAGUACGAUCCAAAGAUCUUGAGCUACUAUCAGAUCUUGGAAGCCAUAGAAGAUGCUGGGUUUGAAGCUAUACUUAUCAGUGCUGGAGAAGACAGAUUGCAAAUACAACUGCAAGUUCUUGGAAUAAGAACUGAAAAUUCCGUGAGAAUAAUAGGAAAUUCUCUUCAAGCACUGCCAGGAGUUCAAGAUAUAGACUUUGAUUUAGAUCUCCAAAAGUUCACAAUUUCGUACGAACCAGAUUUAACAGGACCUAGAACUCUUAUAAAAAUAAUUGAGUCGACCGGAUCAGGACAGGUCAAGGCAAUUAUAUUUCCUGAAGGAGGGGGAAGAGAAGCUCAUAAGCAAGAGGAGAUCAAACGUUAUUACAGAUCAUUUCUUUGGAGUUUGGUUUUUUCAAUUCCUGUAUUCUUAAUGUCGAUGGUCUUUAUGUAUCUUCCUGGUAUAAAUCACGGUUUGGAUACCAAAAUAGUGAACAUGCUUAGCACUGGGGAGAUGUUAAGGUGGAUAUUGUCUACUCCAGUGCAGUUCAUCAUUGGUCGACGAUUCUACACUGGUUCUUACAAAGCUUUACGCCUCGGUUCCGCAAAUAUGGAUGUUUUAAUUGCCCUGGGAACAAAUGCCGCCUACUUUUAUUCAUUUUUCUCAAUAUUGAGAGCUGCCACUUCUAAAAGUUUUAAGUCGACUGAUUUUUUCGAGACCAGCUCAAUGCUCAUUUCGUUCAUUCUACUUGGUAAGUAUCUCGAGGUUUUGGCUAAGGGGAAGACAUCUGAAGCCAUUGAGAAGCUCAUGGACUUGGCUCCUGCGACAGCGACCCUUUUAACCCUGGACAAUGAAGGAAAUUUGAUGAACGAGGAAGAACUAGACAGUCGAUUAAUACAAAAGAAUGACAUCAUUAAGAUUACUCCUGGUGAAAAAAUAGCUUGUGAUGGCUUCGUUGUCUGGGGACAAAGUCAUGUAAAUGAGAGUAUGAUAACUGGAGAAUCUAGGCCAGUGGCCAAACAAAAGGGUGACAUGGUUAUCGGAGGAACAGUGAAUGAGAAUGGGGUGCUACGCAUUAAGGCUACAAGGGUUGGAUCAGAAAGUGCCCUAUCACAAAUUGUUCGACUUGUUGAAUCAGCACAAAUGGCCAAAGCUCCAGUCCAAAAAUUUGCUGAUCGCAUUUCCAAAUUCUUUGUACCUCUUAUAAUAAUCCUUUCAUUUGGCACUUGGCUUGCCUGGUUCUUAGCUGGAGAAUUAAACAGCUAUCCAAAAUCUUGGAUUCCUACUUCAAUGAAUAGCUUUCAGCUUGCACUUCAGUUCGGCAUCUCUGUCAUGGUCAUAGCCUGCCCGUGUGCACUUGGCCUGGCUACUCCGACUGCUGUUAUGGUUGGUACUGGAGUUGGUGCUUCUCAAGGUGUCCUGAUUAAAGGUGGUCGGGCGUUAGAAAGCACUCAUAAGGUAAACUGCAUAGUCUUUGACAAGACGGGAACUCUCACCAUUGGCAAGCCAGUGGUAGUCAACACAAGACUGUUGAAAAAUAUGGUUCUUCGAGAAUUCUAUGAGCUCGUUGCUGCUGCUGAGGUAAACAGCGAGCACCCGUUAGCCAAGGCGGUCAUUGAGUAUGCCAAAAAAUUAAGGCUAGAUGAAGAGAACCCUGUCUGGCCUGAAGCCCUCAAUUUUGAAUCCAUAACAGGCCAUGGUGUGAAGGCCAUUGUUCGAAACAAGGAAGUUCUUGUGGGAAACAAGAGCUUAAUGUUGGCGCAAAACAUCAAUAUUCCACUUGAUGCUGAGGAAAUCCUAUCAGAAACUGAAGGCUUGGCCCAAACUGGGAUUCUUGUGUCCAUCGACAGGGAAUUGGUUGGAAUUCUUGCCAUAUCUGAUCCAUUGAAGCCCGGGGCUCGUGAAGUUGUUUCCAUUCUCAAGGCGAUGGAAGUUAAGAGUAUAGUAGUCACAGGCGACAAUUGGGGAACCGCGAAUUCCAUUGCCAAGGAAGCUGGGAUAGAUACUGUCUUUGCAGAAGCUAAACCUGAGAAUAAAGCAGAGAAAGUGAAGGAACUACAGGAUGAAGGAUAUGUUGUGGCAAUGGUGGGGGACGGAAUUAACGACUCACCAGCACUCGUAGCUGCCGACAUUGGAAUGGCAAUUGGUGCCGGCACUGACAUUGCCAUUGAGGCAGCCGACAUUGUUCUAAUGAAGAGCAAUUUGGAGGACGUCAUAACUGCCAUAGACCUUUCCCGGAAAACUUUUUUCCGAAUUCGACUUAACUACCUCUGGGCAUUAGGUUACAAUAUCAUCAGCGUACCAGUUGCUGCUGGGGCCCUUUUCCCAUCCACCGGGUUCCGAUUACCUCCAUGGAUUGCUGGCGCAGCAAUGGCAGCCUCUUCAGUCAGUGUUGUUUGUAGCUCUCUUUUGUUGAAAAAUUACAAGAGACCUAAAGAGUUGGAUACUCUUGAUGUAAGAGGGAUAACUAUUGAGUAAUUACUACUUGUCCAGCUUUGAUGGUACUAAAUGUAGAUAUCUAUUUCGCUAUUGUGUUUGGAAUUAGUUGUUAAUCUAUUCAGUAAAAUUCAAGCA